AUGCUCGUGGCCGCGCUGAGGCACAUGCUGCGCCGCGUCCUCGCCGGGUUCCGCGCGCUGCACCCGCGGCCGCGCAGGCGGCGGCACGGUGGAGGUGCUGCCGAGGCGGCGCCGGCGUCGGCGUCCAAGGCGCGUGUCACCGUGCGCGUACGCCGGAUGGGCAGCGGCAGCGGCAAGGCCGGCACACCGUGCAGCGGCGGCGACGGCGAGGGGGGAAGGCAGGCGGUGACCAUCCGCGUGGCGACGUUCAACGCGGCGCUGUUCUCCAUGGCGCCCGCCGUGGCCGCUACCGCCCCCGUCCCGGAAGCGGCCGCGGGAGGGGAGCGCGAGGCGGCGCGGCGGAGCAACAGCGCCACGGGGGCGCGGGCGCGGCCGAAGGGGAUCCUGAAGGCGCAAGCGAGCCUGCUGUCCCGUACGCCGAGCAAGGCGCGGGUGUCGAUCAACGUGCAGGACAACGAGAUCUCCCUGGACCGGAGCGGCCGGCUCGGGGGCACGAGCAGCCCGAGAGCCGCGAAGAAGCCGCCGCUCAACAGGCAGCAGCAGCCGUCGUUGACCGGUGGCCUGGACGCUACGCGGCGGCGGAGCGUGGAGGAGGUGCUGCGGGAGACGGGCGCCGACAUCAUCGGGCUGCAGAACGUGCGGGCCGAGGAGGAGCGCGGGAUGCGGCCGCUGUCGGAGCUGGCGGCGGCCCUGGGGAUGCGGUACGUGUUCGCGGAGAGCUGGGCGCCCGAGUACGGCAACGCCGUGCUCUCGCGCUGGCCCAUCACGCGCUGGAAGGCGCUCCGCGUCGCCGACCAGUCCGACGUCCGGAACGUGCUGAGAGCCACGAUCGAGGUGCCGAAGGUAGGGGAGGUGAACUUCCACUGCACGCACCUGGACCAUCUGGACGAGAGCUGGAGGAUGAAGCAGCUCAAUGCCAUGCUCCGCUCCGUCGACGGGCCCCACAUCCUCGCCGGCGGCCUCAACGCCCUCGAUGGCACCGACUACUCCGCCGAGAGAUGGGCAGACAUCGUGAAGUACUACGAGGAGAUCGGCAAGCCGACGCCCAAGGUGGAGGUGAUGAAGUACCUCAAGGGGAAGCAGUACGUCGACGCCAAGGAUUUCGCGGGGGAAUGCGAGGCCGUAGUGGUCGUCGCCAAAGGGCAAGAUGUGCAAGGGACGUGCAAAUACGGCACGAGGGUGGACUACAUACUGGCAUCUCCCAACUCUCCCUACAAGUUCGUGCCGGGAUCCUACACUGUCGUCUCCUCCAAGGGGACCUCGGAUCACCACAUAGUCAGAGUCGACGUCGCGAUAUCCGACACUAGAGAAGCCGACGAGCAGGCCAUCGGGACUCGGAAACAGAGGGUAGUAAAGAUGAGCAAGAAGGGCUCAAAAAAGGGGAUAUGGGCGGCGAAAUGAUAUUUCUUGGCGCCAUUUUCUACGUUUUCUCUCUCUUUUUUUCAGUUCUUAUGCCGUUGUUGGUAGAGGUGAUUGUUGGUUGCUUUCAAUUGUGUAUACGGCUAGUGGUUGAAGUGGGACUGAAGAAUCUGAUGUAUAAGUUACCAAGAGGGGGAGCAAUGUAUUUUUGGUAUGGCUUCCAUGCAUUCUGCUGGUUACUGCCUUGGGUCUAUUUUACGUUCAGGGUGGUUUCGGGUGGGUAGUCUCUGUUUCCCAAAUUGUUAACUGAAACAGACUUGCGUAAAAGAGAAGUGAUAUGGAACAGGACAGGCAGCUCCUGUAACU